UUGGCUAUGUGCGGUUGACUCGGUUUCCGUCCGAGCAUGGCAAAUGGCAAACUUCAGUACGCACUAGGAAGAUCGAAAAGAUAGCGAGAACGACGACUGUACUGGACACUGGACUGUACUACGACGAGGAUCGUGUGUUGUGUCGUGUCACUCGUGUUAGACAGGUAGCAAGCCAGUGUGGCGAUUCGUCACAAAUACAACACAAAGAUCGUCGAACCGUAUCCGUACAGGACUAGGUUCCAGGAGCCAGUCCUUUUCGAUGAGCACUGCGAACACAACAGAAAAAGACUCGUGGCUGUCAGAUUCUUCUUACCUUCACCCUUGACAACAAACAUAUGCAAAUUCGAAAUGUCAACAUCAGGAGGUGAGCUGCCUCUCGAUACCCAGUGAACGAGAAAAUAGAAUCACGCUACAGUCUAAUCCCAAUUAUAAAGGUACCUGCUCUUGUUUAAAGGCGAUGUGCCGUUUGAUAAGGGACUUCUUCGAUGGAACCUGUUUCAUAUGAAUCAUUUUUGUGAUGCCCAUCAAUUUUGGAAUAAUGUAAUCGGAAGGCGGUGCGCGCGCGCUUGUGUGUGUGUAACAAAUAGUCUAUUUUUAUUGUAAAUUGCAACACCAAACAGCAACAAUGGGUUCCAUCGCCUUGGAAGAGUACGAACUUAUGAAAGACUCUAAAUAUAGAGUCUACGUGUCUGCCGUUGACAAAGCACUGAAGAGCUUCGAAUACACCAGCGAAUGGGCAGACUUAAUUUCAGCACUAGGAAAGCUAAACAAAGUAUUACUAAGUCAUAUGAAGUUUCCAGUUAUUCCUAGAAGAAUUAAAAUAUCUAAAAGAUUAGCCCAAUGUAUGCAUCCUGCUUUGCCAUCCGGUGUUCAUUUAAAAGCUCUAGAAACCUAUGACAUAAUUUUUAAAUGUAUGGGCACUAACCGACUGAGUCACGAGCUCUUCAUAUACAGUGCCGGUUUGUUUCCAUUGUUGGGUCAUGCCGCUAUGAAUGUGAGACCAUCCUUGCUCACAGUAUACGAAACUCAUUUUGUGCCUCUUGGAGAGAGAUUACGGCCUGGAUUGAGUGGUUUUUUAAGUGGUGUUCUUCUUGGUUUAGAAGAUGGUUCCGAUCAUUUUGAUAGGACUAAUUCCUUGCUCGAAAAAGUUUGCGAAGGAGUGGGUCCAGAACACUUUUACGCGUGUCUAUGGGAUUGCUUAGCUUCAAAUUCCGGAAUUCGAUUGCCUGCUAUAUCGUUUGUGUUAACACAUUUCAAUAAAAAACUGCCAAUGGAAGAACAACGGUUCAUCAUGGGCACAGACACUAAUAUUAUGGUUACAGCCCUUUGUGCUGGGGUACAAGACAAUUCAGUGUUAGUACAAAGAAGUGCUUUGGAUUUGCUGCUAGUUGGUUUUCCUGUACAUAAUAGUCAAUUAACGCGCGUACAUAUGAUAUCACUAGUCACAGCCGCUCUUGUCACUAUAUUAAGAAGAGACAUGAGCUUGAAUAGGCGUUUGUUUGCUUGGCUUUUGGGUACAGAAGUAAGCACAUCUAUUUUAAAGAGAAAAACGGUUAGUACCGUUUCCGAAACCACAGAAAAUACACCCACUUAUUUUGAUAUGUAUUCAAAAGAGAUGUUGAUAGAGGCGAUUAAAGCGUUACUGAAAAAUGUGUGCGAGGAAAAUCCACAAGAUCUAAAACCAUAUAGAAUAUUGGUCUCGUUGUUGGAAAAGACAGAGAUCGGGCCAGUGAUUCUGGACGAUAUUUUAUUUGAAGUUUUUAGGACUUUUUACAACGCUUGUGGACAAUCAAACAGAGUACCAAAAACUAACGAGGUAGUAAAAUCAGCGAACUUAUUGUUUUCAACGUUAGAACCGUCUUACGUUUGGAUCCAUUGCGGACAUUUGUUUGAGAAGGCUUGUCAAGAUAGAGCGAACAGUAAAAACGAGGCAGAAGAUGUUAUCGUAAGACCUGUAGGUAGCGGCGUACCAAAUUUCAUGGAAGUAUGUAUACUGACCGAAUUCCUCCUGGACACGGUGUCGCUAGAUGCAUUUAUCGAUACUCCAUCCGAGCACCUACCUGGUUUAUUCCACGAAAUUGUCAGUAAGCUUUUGUGUUACGUUGAUCUUCUAUCUCCUAUGGAGAUCUCGAGAAGCCUUAGAUUAUGCGCGAAAAUCUUGUCCAAAGUGCAGCCCACUGUGGUGACCACUCACACGGACAAGAGCGAAUUAGAAACAAAGUUUGAAGUUAUCACGAACGCUAGCACCAGCGCAGCACCAAACGAGAACUCCUUGGCUGCGAUCCCUCUAGAGAAGAGUCAAUCCGAUAGUAAAUUAAAUAAACCAGAUACGUCGAGCGGCUCGUUUUCCGAGAAGAGUCCCAGUCCGAGGAGAAGAGCAAACUCGGGCGGUGCUGCUAAAAGAUCGGACAAGAAAUCGAAAAAGAAGUCUAGCAAAAGCACCUCCAAGCUGACCGAUUCCACGCAAGACGCUAGCAACGCCGGCAUAUCUGUGGUGGUGAGCCAGGAGUCGAAAAGUUUACCAAGAAAUAAAAGCAUGGACGACAUAAAAAGCGGUUGCAUAGAAGCAAGUAGUAUUAGUUCUCCGUCUAAGGAUCAGUUGACUACGUUGAAGCAGUCAAGCAGAAGCAGUGCAAUGGGUUCUACAGGAUCCUUGGGCAGAGGACCGUCUCCAGCAUUUCAAGCGCAGCACACAAUGCUAGAGAAAUGUUUGAGACAGUAUGAGACUUUUUACGUUAAACUAAUUAGCAACAGGGUACUGAGCAAAGAAAGAAUGGUACAGGAUAUGUAUGAUAAUUUGAUAAUUCCCAUGCCGAGAGAGAGUUUCGACGAAAGGAUGCGUUAUUUGGAGCUUCUGCUAAACUCCAGAUUAAAUAUGGAGGAUUCCGGUUUCUUCAGCCAAGAUGUGUCCGUGAUAGACGAUACCAAGCGACUAGAUGUUCUCAAUCUAUAUGUAGACUUUAUAGCGCAAGCCGAAUGGGAGGAAGCCGUGCGAAUAGCUUCCAGUUUGUUCGUCGAACUGUCUACGUUUCCUAAAUAUUUUCAUCCUGGAGAUGGAGUAUUAGUAGAAGAAGAACCAAAGGGAAAUAUCAUUCUACCGGAUUGGUUGAAAGUGUUGGUGGUUUGUAGCUGCUGGUUAGGGAAACAACCCGCUCUUCAAUUAACCAGUAUUGCUACGUUGUUAGAUUUAAUAGCGUUAUUAAAAGCUAACAACGAUGUUGAAACUUACACGAAAUGCGGAGAGGGAGUUACUGCUGUGAUCAUGGUACCUUUACUGAAACAAUGGCACAUAACAUAUCUAAUGCAAUAUACCAAUGUGUUCCAGGUACUGGCACAUUCCCUAUGGCACCAUCUUGGCGAAUUACCCGCUCACAAAUAUAGAAUGCGAUGCGUUGAGUUAUUGCACGAGCUUCACCACGCUCUACACAAAUCUUGCGAUGCGGUUGAGGAUGUGAUAGGAGCUGCACUGACUGCAGAAAAUAUUGAGAAGAGGAUAGAAGCAUUCAACCGAUUCGCUACACUGUGGCACUUGGGUAGAGAGAUCGAAACUAAUCCCAGACUGCGCGGAUGUAUGAAAUCGUUCGACCAGUCGUUGUUGAAAAUAUUGGAUAAUCUACAACUCGGAGAUAACUCACCUCUAAAGCUGCAUGCCCAGUCUUGGUUGCUUCACUCUUUGAUGCGAGGCGAUAUUUCACGAAUAGUGGAUCCGCUGCUGACAAUACUUUUGGACCCAUCUACAUGUCGCAUGAGCGUACUCCACGUUAGCAUACAGCAUAGCAACACCGUUCUGACCAAGAAUGAUCCGAUAGAGGAGAAAUCCGAGGUGCAGGACGACACAGAAGGCGCCGCGAAGAUUUAUGCCAUCAGUUCUGUGGACGGGAACGUAAUAUACCAUGUCAGCGAUAACGUGGACGAGGACAAGAAAUGGCGAAAAGGAAAGAAAAAGAAAAAAGCUAUAAAUCCGGUGAAGGUGAAAAGGAUAUUCGCCGUGACAACGCUGGCCGCUGGUGACAAUUGCAACCAGUACGUAACCGAGAGAAACCAGUUCAUGAAGGAACUCGAGGUACCGCCGAGCAUAUCCGGCAACCGGAAAAUCUCUGUGUUCGUCAAUCCUCUGUCACUGAACUGCAACGAAAAUUCGAACGACUCACUGACCGAGGACGAAUCGUUGCCCAGCGUAAAAAAAGCUAACUUAACAACAGAAUUGUUAAAAAAUGCAACCAGAUUCAAGAAAAUAGACUUUGACAAAGGCUCCACUGCCAGCCUGGACGAAAGUCUCUUCGAAUCUGCAAAUUCCAGCUCCAAGACGAAAGAUAAGGCUGGGUUCAAAAAGCUGAAUGGGGAGGUUGGCUCCUCGUUGGACUCUAUAACUAACAGUUUUGAUUCCAGCAGCCCCGAGAUAACUAACAAGCAAGCGAAAUUGAAAAAGGAACCGGUCAUAAUGCCGGGCAGUUCCAGAGAAGUCGCUGGUACCAUCAUCAAGGGCAAAUACCACAGUACAAAUGAAUUCAUGACGAAUUACGAUCACGAUGUCGGAAGUUUCGAAGCAAGCGUCGAGAUACCAAGUUGGACGAUGGACGAUGAAGAGGGUGACCUUGAGGCCAGUACCACCGCCGAGGAAUACUUCAGCAACUCGAGCGGCACUAGCGUAGUAGAGGAGAUCUUGAACGAAGUGCUCGACCGUGUAAUGCAAAUUUGUGACGUUACCGAGACAAUACACAAGAACACCGAUGAAUCCGCCGAUCAGAAUAUAAAAACCGGUCGCAAUUAUGGAGUCGGUGUUCACAAUCUUCAUUCCCAUAUGUUACUUUAUUGUGGAGUCUACGACUCGACCAGAACUUUGUACGCAUUGCGAACUCUACGGAACGAACUCUUGACGAACACUAGAAUGUUCUUGUGCUGUGCUGCGACCACCGGUGUAUGCAACACCACGAAAAACACAACAUUGUUAAAUUUAUUAGCCAGACAUCGGAAAAGUGUAUUUGGAAGAAACUUUCACGGGGACGUAGCUAAUACAGAAUUUAUAGCUGCUUAUAGGAGUAGCAUGUACCUGGAAGUUCUAAUUAGUGUGUGCCUUUAUUUUGCGAGGAGCUAUUAUCCCAAUCUGGGACAGAUGAGACUCACCCACGAAGAGAUAUCAGGAAAUAGACAGGUGCAAUUAGCUAGCACUGAAUUAUUAACGCUAAUAUUCUCCGAACUAAUUCCUAUUGUCCGUGAUUCGGGGAAAGGGUUCAGUUGUUACAUUGUCGAUUUAUUAACGAAAUGUAAAGUACAAAAGGUUGCGCUGCAUUGUCUCGUAUCGAGCGUUAUGAACAUGAAAAACGCACACAAAGAGAACGAGGAGGUGUCCACGUUCACCGAGGAAAUCAUUUUGUUCAAUGACCCUGUAGCUGAUAACGAUGUGAACAAGUGCAAAUUUAGAGCGAGCGACCACACGGAAGCUUUCCAAAUACAGCUGCUCAGGUUAUUAUUAGCUUUAAUUAUGCUGGAGCACCAAUGCGGUAGUCAAAAAGGCGAGGAUAUUUGUGCGACGACUACGUCGACGCCAAGUACUCCCACACGAACCGUUCCUAAUAUCACGGGGAACAGCUUGAAAUAUGUACCUGGUGCACCAAUUCCUCAACAACCAAUGUUCCUUGCUAGCAUACUCAGUGCUUUACAAUUGGACCACAUGAGACACUUACACCAAUUUUGGACGACCCUCGUUACCUCGAGUCUUCCUUUCAUGGGGUCCUCGUUGACUGGAAUAGUUACAUCGGUUAUACACCAAUUAUGUUGCAACAUCGAGCACCUAGCUUCUUAUUAUAUUAACGAAGAAACGUCGACGGCAACGAAAUUGCAGGACAUAAGUACAGUCGAAUGUUGCCUUCCUGCGGAUUAUACUGUCACUCACCUAGAGGCAUUAACGUUCUUACUUCACUACUGCUUAUUGGAUACGUCCCAACAGAUCGGCUUUUCGUUUAACCAACCUUUCAGCAGUACAAUCCAGACUGGAAUCCCCGGAGCAAAUCCAGGCCAGAUAUUCAAUAACCUUAUCCACGUGUUUAUGCCCAGCCCACUUACUCCAGACCUUAACACGUCGAAGGAUAAAAACAUUGCGAAUGAAUUGCAACAGCAUGCUAGAAGGACAGCUUUGAGUCAUCUGCCAAGGAUAAUCGCGUCCCUAUCGACACUAUGGCAAGCAGUGUUGGCAACAAAAGACAACGAACAAGCCAGUUGCGUAGUGGGUAGUCCGAGAAUAGUAAAGCAUCAACUUUUAGAACUUCUGUCCCCCAUAUCAUUCCAUCACGGAGUGAACUUUCUGGCAGCCAUUGCUGUUGCUUGGCACGAAAGGCGACAGCCGUCUGGCAACUCGAAAAAGGUACUUCCGGAAGCUUGUCCUAAUCAGCAAGUCAUGGUUCAUUUGGUAAGCGCGAUUCGCGUGAUGCCUAUUGACACUUUGGUUCAGACUGUCCAUCAAGUUGUAAAGUCUCCACCUCCUAUUCAUGGUGUGAAGCAAGAUUUCUCGUUGGAGGUGUCUGUGUUGGAAUUACUAUAUGUAUACAUGCAAAGUAACACGUCGCAGUCCGUUAUAGAAUCAUGGGCAUCUUUGCUCGGCUUGCUGAAGGACGGUCUAUCCUUAACAGCUCCUGCUCAGUUCCUUUUGCUAGCAAUCUUGAACGAGUAUGUUCAGAAAUGUCCUCCCAUGCAAGAGAAGAAGGACAUAAGAGACUUGCAGGAUGUGUCCGCUAAGUUGGUCGAGGUAUGUUCACAAAUAGCCGGAGCAUGUUUAGAACAGACAACAUGGUUGAGAAGGAACUUGGCUGUAAGAGAAGACGCUUUCGAAGUCGCUGAAGGAUCUUCGGAAGGUAAAGAAGGCAAGAGUGGGGCUGUUACACCCGGAACACCGCCUAACGCUGCGUUUAGCGUACAAGCUCAAGCAGUAUUGGCAGAAAUACUGGCACCUUUGUUAGACGUUAGCUACGGUUCGCAAGAAAAGGAACGAGUCGUAACAUUGUUAACUAAUCUCAUGUACAACGUGACGCCGUAUCUAAAAAAUCAUUCGACGAAAAAUAUCGCUUCAUUCACAGCUUGUUCUCAGUUACUGAGUUCCUUGUCUGGUUAUCAGUAUACUAGAAAAGCAUGGCGCAAAGAUGUACUGGACCUUCUACUAGAUCCUGCCUUCUUCCAGAUGACGCCAGCAUGUUUACCUUAUUGGAGAACUAUUAUAGAUAAUUUGAUGACACAUGACAAUACAACCUUCCGGGAUUUGAUGAAUCGCGUCUCUAUGGCACAGAGUAGUAGCAUUAGUAUAUUUUCCUCGAAGGAGCAGGAAUACGAACAGAAGGCUCAAUUGUUGAAAAGGCUAGCCUAUGUUAUACUUUGCAGUGAAACGGACCAGUACCAUAAAUAUAUGCCUGAGAUUCAAGAACGUUUAGCGGACAGUCUACGUUUGCCACAAGUGAUCCCGUCUAUUCAGGCGCAAGUCUUUCUUUGUUUCCGGGUGUUGCUUUUGAGAGUAUCACCGCAACACGCUACAUCUUUGUGGCCGGUAAUAGUCAGUGAACUUGUUCAAGUCUUCCUGUAUAUUGAACAAGAAUUAAACACAGAUAGCGAGGAAUUUAGUCGUCAUGGCAGUUCACACAUAAAACUUCUUUCUGCUUUGGAUUCAUCAUGGGCUGUGAAUGCUAGCAAUGGACUCCAGGCGCAUGGACACCCACACUGGUUGCAACUGCAGCUUGCAGCUGCUAAAUUGUUAGAUUUGGCAUUACUCUUGCCCGCUCAUAGACUUCCUCAGUUCCAAAUGUAUAGGUGGGCGUUUGUGGGAGAUUCUGCUGCAGGGAACAUAGACAAUAACAACUUGUCUUCGGAUUUCGUACCACACAUCACAAGAAUAGGAAAAUUGAUGGACAACAAGUACAAGCAGGAUUCGGGGUCUGCAAAAGCAAUACCAGGAGAGCUUCUACUGACUUCAAACAGCAUCCGUUCAUUGCAAGAUUUGCAUUAUUUUUUUACAACACUUAGUUGUAGAUCGAGCGACACUCAAACACCGUUAAAUAUCACACAAUUAGAAACAGUGAUCGAACAAGAUUUUCUUGAGAAGAUGCCAGCAUCAAGAUAAUAGGAAUAUCUCAACAAUGUAGACAAGAGCCACUUGCUAAGGAAGAGAGAUGGAAGAGGCAUCUGAAAAUGUUUUAUUCUUUGAUAUCUUUUUUAAUGCACCAACUGAACAAGCACGUACGAGAAAGCCAAGGACGAAUUUUUUGUUUAAAACUAUGAUCAGUAGAUUAUACUCUCUUACUCCAGUACAGUUUGAUCGCAAACUUGUACAUUGCAAAUUAAUUAAACAUAGAACGUAUAUACUGUAUAAUAACGAUCGAACGAAAUAUUUGAUUUUGAUUAGCUAAGCUUGUAACUUGUCUCCUCAUUCGGUUGUGAAUAGUUAUCGAAAUAUAUGAUACACCAGGCCAGGGCCUAGCUGAAUUGUAUCUCUAGAAAAUAUCUGUACAGUGUAACAUAACGUUUUAUUCAAAUUGUUAUUUUUUCAACUGUUCCGAGAACUAUCUGUUCCGUGCUUGUCGCGUAUGUACCUCUUACUUGAUGUCAUGGAAUAACAGAAAGAGAAAAAGAAAGAGUUGGUGAUGCAAUGAUAAUGCAAGGAAGUGAAGAAAUAUUUCAAUUAUUUCCUUCGAAUUCACAUGUCAAUUCGUAAAGGAUGCCAUACAGCAUAUAUUCUAUACAACUUUAACAA